AUGAACUUCCCCGUGCCUUGGAGGGCCUUGUUGCCGGCUGAUGCGGUGCCCACUUUCUCCGGCCAAGAUGGGCUUCGGGAGAUUUGUGAUGCCACUGGUGCAGGCUGUGAGCUCACUGGCGAAGGAGACACGCCUUCUUCGCUCUCAGACAAGAUCCUCACCAUUAGCGGGAACGUGGAGCAGAAGGAGGCCGCUUGCCGGCGAAUUGUCGACAAGCUCCGAGUUCUGCAGGAGGUGAUUGACCAGGAGCCUGGAGUUUUCGUCAUCAUUGUCCCCUCUGCUGCCGCCCCUGCCGUGAUUGGGAGCAAAGGCGCCCAAAUCAAGGAGGUCAUCGAGCUCAGCGGUGCAGAGGUGAGCGUUGCGAAGGAGAGCAUCAUCGGCAUGAAUGACCAACCCAUUGGCGUCACCGGCACAGGUGGUCAAGUGGUCUCUGCUGUCAGCAAGAUCAACGCCAUCCUUCAAGACUUGGCGGAUCGGGGGCGUCUGCAGCCGACAGACUUCCGGUACCGACCCGGAGCGCAGAGACCAGAGGACUCAGGCGGCUCCUCUUUUGGAGCUCCCGGGCGUGCUGCGCAUCCUACAGGAGGCAAUCCCCGGACCAAUGCCAAGUUCGUGGUGGCAACACAGGUAGCAGGCUGGAUCAUCGGAAAACAGGGGCGGCACAUCCGGGAGCUGCAGGAGAACAGCGGAGCCCACAUCCAAGUGCUCAAGGAGGGCGAGGUUCCGCCUGGCGUUCCGGUCACCGACCGCAUCGUCGAGAUCGGUGGCCGCUUUGAGGCGAAGGCAGAAGGCAUCCAAAUCAUUCUCAUAGUCGUUGAUAACAUGCCAGCGUUGUCGGCACCCAGAGAGACGCUAAUGCUGAUCCCACGGCAGCUGACAAGCGACUCUGAGAUCAAGGAUGUUCGCCAGAUGUCGGGCUGUGAGAUCGAGGUUCGUGACCUGCCCUCGCACGAUGAGGGACUCUGCACGUUGCUCGGGAACAUCGAGUCGCGUGUGAAGGCAGCGCAACAGUUUCUGAAAAGGCUCGAAGAGGUCAUGGCCGAUGGUAGCGUGUCCCUCCCUGCUCCGUCCUACGGUGCGAGGCCCUCUCCUUCGGAGACGUUGCCGGAGGCCUCGGACGUUUGGGCGAAGCCUGCUCCGAGUGCCAAGGACGAUCCCUGGGCCAGAGAGGAUCCCUGGAGCAAAGCCAGGGACGGAGGUGCGGCAAAGGAACCUUCGAGCACCUUCGCUUCAGCAGACUCCAAGGCUUCCGAUUCACGGUCUGUCACUUUCGACAACAACCUCAAGGUGACUGACAUUCACGCCAGUUAUGCCGCUCCGUCUCAGGCACGAGAGGACGGCCAGGACCCUGCAAAGCGCGGAAUGGAGAUGAGCUUCGGUCCCAAUGGGAGCGGAGGCUCGUCUUUUGCACCGAACGGCCCGGCAAAGACCACAGGCCUAAGCUUCAGUCCGGCAACCUCCG